AUCCCGGAUCACUCUCUCCAUACCCGAACCCCGUUCUUCAUCCCCGGAUCCCGCCUCCAUCCCGGACCCCCUUCUCCAUUCUCGGCUCCUCCCGCUCCACCCCCGACCUCUUCCACCAUCUCGGAGCUCCCCACCUCCAUCCUCGCUCCCCCUUCUCCAUCCCCUGCCCAUCCCGGGGCUCUCCUCUCCCUGUCGGGGCUCCCCCCCGUCCCCCAGCAUGGCUUUGGCAGCGGGGCCGUGGCCGGAGCCUCCCCUUCCUCCCGCUCCUCCUCCUGCCCCCGGCGGCGCCGCGGGGCGGGCGGCGGGGCCGUGCCGGGUGUGCGGGGACCGGGCGAGCGGGAAGCACUACGGGCAGGUGACCUGCGAGGGCUGCAAGAGCUUCUUCAAGCGCUCGGUGCGGCGCAACCUCGCCUACAGCUGCCGGGGGGGCCGGGACUGCCCCGUGGACCAGCCCCACCGCAACCAGUGCCAGUACUGCCGGCUCCGCAAGUGCCUCCGCGUGGGGAUGCGGCGGGAAGGUGGGGUGACCGGAGGGGAGAGGGGUCGGGAUGCGGCGGGAGAGGGAGAAGGGAUGGGAAGGGAGAGAGGAUGGAGAAGGGAUGGGAAAGGAGAGAGGAUGGAAAGGGAGGAGAGGGGAUGGGAAAAGGAGAGAGGUGUAAAAAAAGGAGGGAAUGGAAAAGGUGAAGGGAUGCAAAAGGAGAAGGUGGAAAAGAGGGAGAAGGGAUGGAAAAGAAGGACAGAGCAUGGAAAAGGAGAGGGGAUGGAAAUGAUGUGGUGGAAAAGAAGGGGAGAGAGAGGAAAAGCAAAAGCAGGGAUGAAAAGGAGAAGAGGAGGUGGAAAAGAUAAAGGGAUGGAAAAGAGUGGGUGCAAGAGGAGGAUGGAGGGUGGAAAAGAGAGAGAGAGGGUGGGGAAGCCAGCACAGAGGGGAGGGACACGCAGGGGUGUUGGCACGGGGGGUGCUGACCUCCUGCUCCUCUCCGCAGCGGUGCAGCGGGGCCGCGUGGCUCAAGGUCCCCCCAGCCCCGGGCAGUGCCCUGCGCUCCCCGGGGACCCCUACGGUGGCCGCGGCUGCUUGAGCGGCUUCAUCUCGGUGCUGCUCCGAGCCGAACCGUACCCGCCGGCUCGCUACGGCGCCCAAGCCCUGCACCCCGGCGUCGUGGUGGGCAUCGAGAGCAUCUGCGAGCUGGCGGCGCGGCUCUUGUUCAGCGCCGUGGAGUGGGCCAAGGGCAUCGUCCCCUUCUUCGCGGAGCUGCCGCUCUCGGACCAAGUGGCGCUGCUGCGGCUGGGCUGGAGCGAGCUCUUCGUGCUGAACGCGGCGCAGGCGGCGCUGCCCGUGCACGCCGCGCCGGUGCUGGCGGCCGCCGGGCUCCACGGCGCUCCGGUGGGCGCUGACCGCGUGGUGGCCUUCAUGGACCACGUCCGGCUCUUCCAGGAGCAGGUGGAGAAGCUGAGGGUGCUGCAGGCGGACGCCGCCGAGUUCGCCUGCCUGAAGGCUGUGGCCCUCUUCAGCCCCGACGCGGCGGGGCUGUCGCAGCCGGGGCGCGUGGCCGGGCUGCAGGAGCAGGCGCAGGUCGCGCUGCAGGAACACGUGCGGCGGCGGCACCCGGCCCAGCCCGGCCGCUUCGGGCGCCUGCUCCUGCGCCUGCCCGCGCUGCGCAGCGUCCCCGCGCCCGGCAUCCAGCGGCUCUUCUUCAGCCGCCUGGUUGGGGAGACCCCCAUCGAGACCCUCAUCCGCGACAUGCUGCUGGCCGGGGCCAGCCUCAGCUGGCCCCAUGGAGCCAUGCAGUGAUCCCAGCCCUGCCGUGGGAUGGGGAGCCCAAAGAUGGGGACAGCGAGGUUGGGACCUCAAGGAUGGGAUCCUAAAGAUGGAGGCAUCAAAGGUGGGGACAGCAAGGAUGGGACCUCAGGGAUGGGAGCCCAAAGAUGGGGGCAUCAAAGAUGGGGACAGCAAGGACGGGAGCCCAAAGAUGGGGCACCAAAGAUGGGGACAGCAAGGAUGGGACCUCAAGGAUGGGGGCCCAAUCAUGGGGACACCGAAGAUGGGGACAGCAAG